AUGGCGCCGCCUUUUGUACUAGUGUUCGCCGCAGGCGCAGACGAAGUGAACCGACAAGUCGCACUCCGAUUUGCGCCCCAUCACCCCAUCGCCUUCCUCUGCCCGCCAAAUCACAACCUCAGUGCCGCCAUCAGCGCCGCCCGUGGCGUCGACGGGGAAGCAGUCCUUUUCGAGACCGACUUGGCCUCUGUCGAGUCCAUCAAAGCGUCCGUCGCCUCUGCGAGCGCGCAAUUCGGCAAGCAGGCCGCCGCCGCCAUCUUCCAGGUCCGCGAGGAGCCCCAGGUCCCCUUCCUGGAGCAGAAAGUGGCGGAUUUCAAUGCGGCCACGUCGUCGCAGAUUGCGAGCGCAUACGCCUUCUCACAGGCUGCGAUGCCGCUGUUGACAUACGGAGGCGGCUCGGCAGAGUUCCCCGCGACGCUGGUGUAUGUUGGCGUCGCUGGGGCUUCGCGGAGCGACAAGGUGGUGGAGAAUGCGCUCGUCGCGCUGAGCCGCAGUCUCGGGCGGGAGUACGGCAAAAAGUAUAUACAUGUUGCGCACCUCAAAUUCAGCAAAGGCUCGGAGGUGGAAAGCGCGGUGCGGGCUGGUGAGGAGCGGCAUGUGCGCGUCGCCGAAACGCUCUGGUAUCUGUACACGCAGCCACUUUCCUGCUUUGCAAAUGAGCUUACUAUUUAA